AACCAAAGCGCAAAUCGGAAUCACAGAAGCUAAACCAUGCAUACAUUUUGGUUUGAUACAGCUUAGAGUUGGAGUCGGUUGAAUGAUCAGUACAUAUAGAUAUAUUUCUCCGUACUGGUACUUCGUGGGCUUUAUAUGGGCUAAAAAUUCUAUUCAUUUAACUACUGGGCCUUGGGCCUGUUAGAUGUGCAGUAGUAGAAAAAAAAACAAAUUUAAAAACCCAGGUCGUGAGGAGUUUGAAUCACACGAUAUACGAAGCUGCUUCAUUGGUCAGUCCAUUCAAAUACCAACCGUCAGAUCACACAUCGCCGUUAUACAUCAAACGGUUCAGAUCUAAUAUAUGCAGUCAAAGGGACCUACAUCAAUUACAUCGAUGCCCCCACCUCCAACGCUCCACCUCCUGCAAAAGACUAGAGUACCUGACAAACAGAAUAGUGGUAGUUUCGUAAAAAAGAAUCUUUCAACAAAGAUCAGCUGAAAGCGAUAGUGUGAAGAAGAAGAAGAAGAAAGAGGUUUUUGAUAAUGGCGAACGUUGUAGCUCGAGACGUAGAUGAGGAACUCUCUCUGUUCCUGGAGAUGCGAAGGCGCGAGAAGGUUCAAGGCGUUUUUUCUCUCUCAGAGCCUGGAACAAACAGUGUUGAGGAGACUACCACAGAGAGUUUAGAGUCAACAACAACGAGAUAUGUUAAUCUGCGUAGUAGCGCUAUUGAGAAGUUCUUGGACUCUGAGAACAACAAAUCAGAUUAUGAGUGGUUACUUGCGGCUCCAGAGACAGGAGGUGAGAAAGAAGCGCAAGAGAACUCUAUGGUUAAACUCAAGCAGCCUAAAGCGGCUAGGUCCACUGCUCUAAAACCACGGGUUGAAAACAUUCAGCAAGAGCCUGUGACGUUGAGCGUUAAGGCUUCCAAGAAAACCACAAGGUUGGAUUCUUCAACAGCUGUGAGCAAACAGUCCAACACCAUUGCGGAACCAAAAACAAAAAGUAAGCCUUCAAGACAAGCUACACCAACUCCACGAACCACAUUGUCUUCCACAAGACCAACCAACUCUGCUCGGAACUCAAGUCCAGCUUGUAGAGCCUCUUCAAUCAAAUCAAACCCACGAGCAGCUGCGUUUACCCGUUCAUCUUCUGUGGGGAAGUCAGUUCCUACUGCUGCUAAGUCCACAUCUUUAACAAUCCGUCAAAUACCGGCUCGACCUGUCUCAGCUUCUAGAGGCAGAGUCUACAGUUCUGGCGGGAGAUCGUCCAAGAUUAGCGAUGAUGUGAAUCCUGUUUUGAUGGGGACUCAAAUGGUGGAAAGAGUGGUGAACAUGAGGAAACUGCCACCUCCUAAACAUGAUGACAACAACAUGAACUCCGGAUUCGGGAGAACACUGUCUAGGUCGUCUCUUGAUAUGGCCAUGAGGCACAUGAAUAUAAAGCGUAGCGUUCCGGGGAGUCUACGGGUAACAAGCAAUGCCACAAACUCAAUGGACAAGGAGUCCUCGCCAUCCUCUUACUGCCCUGAUAUGCCAGCAUUCUAGUUAAUGAAAUUCUCUGUUAACUUUGUUAACAAUCUUGUGGAAACUACCUUAUUCUUAGCAUAUAGACGUUACACAUCAUAUUGUGAACUUAUUGUAUUAGAGAAUCGUUCCUCGGAAGUCAGAACCAUUGGUUGGUUAUAA